CAAAUGCAACAAAUGGUUCCUCCGUUCGUCCUGUUGGCCAAUUUCACAAUGUCUCGGUUCACAAGCUGAGAACGAGUUGUCUUUGUUUCAUGGAUGGACUACGUGAAUCGUUCUUCACUACGAAAUUGAGAACCAAGACUAGACCAAGCGACCGAUUCUCAUUAUGGACAUUUGCGGUUAUUCGUCCCUUUUUACUGUGCUUCAAGUCUCCUUUGCUGUGUAUGUUCUGACUAUGGUAUGUGAGUGCGGAGAUUUUACAUCCCGUUCGAUGCGGUGAUCAAUUUCUCUUUGAGGAUGGCUCGUUGGAGGGAAGUUGGAGGACUCAACAUCGUGGUUGCUCUUUCCCGCGAACCUUGGGAAUGAGUGAUGUUGGCGAGGAACGCUUUCCCUAACAUGACAGACUCAGAUAGCAGACACAGUGAGGCAUCUCUGCCCUGGAAUGUUAGUAUGAGGGAGGUGGGCCGCCCAGAUUUUUUUUUUGGUUUGGGCUUCGGCUUUAUUUCCGACAUCAUCAUCACCAUCAUCAUCGUCAUCAGCACCAGCACUUAUUCUAGCAAUCCAAGAGGCAUUCCCGAUUGAUCAUCAAUUAGUACGAGUAUUUUCGGUCACCUGGAAAACGACAAGCAGUUCCUCGACAUACGAACGAACCCCUAGGCAGAACCAACCGGCAUCGGUAACAACAGACAAAUCCCGAACAUGUGCAUGUACAACUAGGAGUUUCACCAGUGUGGUUGUCCUGUCCAUGAACACCCACCACAUGCAAAGCUCGUACUCUGCCCGCUGAGCUGUCCUAGGCCCUAUCGAGACCAGCUCGUCUUUUCUCCCCAGGAUUGCGGAACUCCCCAUUGCGUAAACGUACAACACUACUGGAGUUGGCUCAUCAACACGCGCCGAAAAGGACCGCAGCACUGGCACAUGUUCUGUCAUGACUAUCGCGCUUGGAGAGUUGCUCACGAGAGACAUAUAGAGCACGGUGCGCCACCACAUCCAUACCACAACGGUAUUCCAAUUUGGCAUCGCGCCUAUCCUUACUAGAAUGAAGCCGGCCCGGGCGCCGCCGUCGCCGUUGAUUACAGCGCCGGUAUUUGUUCAGGUCCUAUCUUGGGCACCCUUUUACAGCUGGUUCCUCUACCGCCGAUGCGGUCGACGAUCCCAUGGUGGCAGGAUAAGACAAAAGAACAACGCGAACAGGUGCUGCGGGAGCAACAGAUUUUGUUCCCGUAUUGUACACGAGAAGAAAUCUGGAGUCUUCUGCAAGGUCGGCCCCUUCCGAUCAAUGCGCUGUCUUUGGAUCCGGCGCUGGAAAAAGAACUCGCUGAUCGGUUUGCCUAUCCUUUGCGUCUCCCUCUUGACGCAGAUGAAUGAAGAACACAAGUUAGCUUGACGGGAAAUGAUCAGAGGGGAAAUCUAAUCAACCACUCCUAGCGGCGAGCAUCCUGGAGUAGAGUAUCAGUUAGGUUAUCAUGGUUUUAUAUCACGGCUACCCCAUCCUUGAGUCUUUUGAAUCUUUUACCUGUGACGCGGCUGACCCCUCGCCUGUUCUUUCCCAUGUAUACGUCGUCAUGGAUACCAGAUGGAUAGAAAUCAGGCUGCUCCUUCCCAAAGAUCGUCAGUUGCCUCAAAGUGAAGGCACCUACUUAGUGCUUGAGCUCGUAUCAGUGGAAGUUGCUGUCGAGUGAGAGUGAUCACCUUCAACAUGGCCCCAAGAAAGCAACAAUUCCGUGUUCCAUGGGCUUCUUACUUCUGCAUCAUCAUCAUCACUCCACGAAUUCUCAACCAUAACACUGCACAAACGCGAGCGUACAUCCCCGUUGUCUACGCCUUAUAUCCCUACACUUAUCCUCUUUGGAACAAGAUAAACACUUGUUAGACCAUCAGAAGCUUCGUACGCUCAAUCUUCAGCAAAAAACGACCUACUAAAGGCCACAAGACCAAACCGAAGCCCGGAAUGUGUCUGCGGGUGCUAGUUCUUUAUCAAUGUGGAUGUAACGCGACCCGAACCUUUUCAGAAUACCCUGAACAAACCUACGAAAUAUGGUCUUGCCAUGGGUACACACCUUCCUGCUACGUGUGCCGCUUGUCUUGCGUUUACAUCCUCGCCAACGACUGUGGCCGACCAACCUGCAAAGCCGUGAGAAACUAUUGGGGCUGGCGAGUCCAUCAUGGGCUCUCUCCUGAGGCCACCUGGCUGGUAUUCGCCCAAUUUUAUGACCGUUGGUAUGCCGCCGGCGCCAACGACCAAGCCUUACCCGUAGCUAUUAACCACCCACACGAACUUGUCCCUCACCGAUGGGACUACAGGUACCCCCGUUACGACCAGCCGGGGUUCCUCUGCGAUCCAAGGAGGAACUACAGCACUCGGAUGAAGAACACAGCAGACGCGCCGCAGCCGCCGUGGCCUGUUUUCGAUGUUCCCAACCCGGACCCGGACCUCAACAUUGACUACGAAAAUUAUCCAACGCUGAACAAGCGAGUACUCGAGGAGGAAGAUCCGCGGCCACUGGGACUCGGACGGGAAGAGGACUUGCAGCCGCCGGCACCUUUGGAGGACGGAGUCCGCGUAGGUCCUCGCCGCCUAACGAUAGCGCAACUGCACAUGGUCCAAUAUUACCAUUGGGAGUGUACCUUUGAGAUAAGUGGAAUCAGCGAGUAGUAGUCUUGGUGUGUAAGCGUGGAACGAGUGGUAGCUAUCGAUAAUGGUGUCGGUUAUGCGUUGUAUUUAUGAAGAAGUUGAAAUAGGGUGUACUACCGGGAGUUGGGCGAACAACGAUUCCCAUCUGCUUGGGUUGCGCGGCUUAGACGGGGAAAGGGGGUGAGUAAGCAGGGGCGGGAGAUAAACUGCUUUUAUACUUGUAAGUUUCAACACGUAAAGGAAUGGAUAAUCAAUUUUUUACCUUCCCUUC